CGUGAGCGAAGCGUUUGUUCCGGGCAGCAGCGUGUUUGCAGUUUUGCUGCAAAAAUUAAAAGCCAGUAACGUCUGUUGUUGGCCUCGACAUGGUGAAAUUAUCCGCGGAGCUAAUUGAGCAGGCUGCUCAGUAUACCAACCCCGUGAGAGACAGGGAGCUGGAUUUACGAGGUUAUAAAAUCCCAGUGCUUGAAAAUCUUGGAGCAACACUGGACCAGUUUGACACUAUAGAUUUCUCUGAUAAUGAAGUCAGAAAACUGGAUGGCUUCCCUCUGCUCAAAAGACUGAAAACACUUCUAAUGAACAACAACAGGAUUUGUCGCAUAGGUGAGAAUCUGGAGCAGUCUCUGCCAGGUCUGACAGAACUGGUCCUCACAAACAACAACAUUCAGGAGCUCGGUGACCUGGACCCACUGGCCUCGGUGAAGACAUUGAACCUUCUCAGCCUGUUAAGGAAUCCAGUGACAAACAAGAAGCAUUACAGGCUCUAUGUCAUCAGCAAAAUCCCACAGAUCCGUGUGCUUGACUUCCAGAAGGUGAAGCUCAAGGAACGCCAGGAGGCGGAGAAAAUGUUCAAAGGCAAACGAGGUGCUCAACUUGCAAAGGAUAUUGCCAGGCGAACAAAAACAUUCACUCCUGGAGUGGCAGCACAGCUUGAGAAGAAGAGGACGGGGCCGUCACAAGCAGACGUGGAAGCUGUCAAGAAUGCCAUCGCCAACGCUUCAUCACUGGCAGAGGUGGAGAGGUUGAAAGGGAUGCUGCAGGCCGGUCAGAUCCCAGGCAGAGAUCUCAGACAAGGUCCAGCUGGGAUGGUGGAGGAGGAGGAGGAAGAAGAAGAGGAAGAUGCUGAACAGAUGGCAGCACACAUGGGUGGAGAUGCUGGAGAGGAGAUGAAUGAGGGAGAUCAAGAAGAGGAGGAUGAAGAUAUGGAAGAAGAGCCACAUGUUAAUGGCUCCUGAGUACCCUGAAAGCAUUUUCGUUGUUGUUUCCAUGUUGUUUAAUUUCUUGUGUUGCAUAUACAAUUACCAGGGCUGUUUUUUUAUUUUGUAAAUUGACACACAUUAAACAGAUUUUUUUUCUUA